UCUGUGUGUGUAUCUGUGUGCGUCUGUGUGUUAGUGCUGUCGCUGCCAAGCCCAGAAUUUUGUUUUCUCUCCCAGCAUGCGUUGAUGACAUCACGAAGUGCCCCUUCUUUGUGUGUCAGUGAUGUCACCAAAUGCAGUGUGGGGGACAAUGGAAUCCUGAACUCCGGGCGAAGGCGAGUGGGAAGCGGCUGCUCCUGCUGCUGGUUCAGGGCUGAGCCGGGGGAGGGAAGGGAGGACACAGCUGCUGCUUUAGGGCUGAAACAGACAGGUGAGAAGUUGCUGCUGCCGCCGGAGGGACAAAGCAGUUGCUGUUGCAGCACUUCCGCUUCUCUCCCAGCGAGAGAGACACGAGUGGCCAGGCCCAGCCGCACCGAGGAGGAGCAGCCAGACACAAAGGGAGAGGUUGGGGUGUGUGGUGGGGGGGUCGCUAUGUCGGAUGACGAUUCGAGGGCCAGCACCAGCUCCUCCUCAUCUUCAUCCUCCAACCAACAGACAGAGAAAGAGACAAGCACGCCUAAGAAGAAGGAAAGCAAAGUCAGCAUGAGUAAAAACUCUAAACUGCUAUCUACCAGUGCCAAGAGGAUUCAGAAGGAAUUGGCUGACAUCACCUUAGAUCCACCUCCCAACUGCAGUGCUGGCCCCAAAGGUGAUAAUAUCUAUGAAUGGAGAUCAACCAUUUUAGGACCUCCAGGUUCAGUCUAUGAGGGAGGUGUUUUCUUCCUUGACAUCACAUUUACCCCAGAAUAUCCCUUCAAGCCUCCAAAGAGAGCAAAUGAGUCAGGAACGUGCUGGGUGUGCCUGGAUUUAGGAGAAUCCAGUAAACAAGUAUAAUUAGAAUUUAAGAGUUCAGUAUUUGUACCAUUACAAUGCACAUUUUCCCAAGAGUCACAUUAUAGUUGGGUUAGAUUUCAUUUACUGAGGUGAAAACAGUAACUUGUGUUGACCUGGUGUGUGUGCUUUGAUCAUUUGUAUUAAUAACCUCUAACCACUUCCUUCCACCCACUCCUAUUCUGCUGCUUGUGUAAAUUAACCUCUGCUAUCACUUCAGGGUAAGGUUGAGAUUAGAUUCUUUUAUGUCUUUUCAAAAGCUGUGCUUUACUCCAUGUAGUUACUGCAUUAAUGUAAUCUCAGGUGGGACAUUUCCAAAGGAUUGUUCAGUUGCACUAUAUUUUUCUGCUAUUCCACAUGCUGUUCUCUUCACUACCUUCCAAGUAACUCAGUUUCUUUUGAUUUUGGUCUGAAUGUACUAGGUUGAUGUGAGAUUUUUUUCCUCUUUAGGGUGUAAUAGCAUUUACUUUAAAUAUUUUUGUUUGUUUUCAAGUGGGCUUCCAGUUUCUCCCUCUUCCAGCUCCAUUUGGUUUCCCUGCGCUGCUGGCUUUUGUACCAUCAGUUAAAAUCAUAAAUGGCAAACAGCUGGACUGUUAAGUGUCUGACACCAUCCUAGUUCUGAGUUGCUGCUAAAGUGAAAACAAAUUUAGAUUUUUUUUCCAGAGUGCUUGGUAGAGUUCCUCUAACUGGAGAAAACUGCUCUUAGUGCCAUGGAUAUAUCCCUUAAGGAUUGUAUCUUAAGGUGUGUUAAGGAACCAGGCUGUUCUGCAAGUAUUUGGGAGUCUUCUUUCAUUUUCACUUUCCCUUCCU